GGGCAGUAAUGGGAUUCAGAUCCAGUGGUGCUGUAGAAUUGAAACUAAAGAGAAAGCGUGUGGCUCUGUCGUUCGUAGACUGUAUGGUGUCGAGUUUGUUUUGGUAACAUUUUAACUUAUUGAACACGCUUUAUUUUAAGUGUGAAUCAUGUCCACUCGGGCUUUGAGAAGGUUGAAGGGGAAGCAGCGGGGUCAGGAGGCUCUGAGCCCCGGGGACCUCACUGAGGGGGAUAGUUUUGAGGAACAGGUUGAGGAGGAGGGGGCAGAGACGGCUAAUGUCCCUGUAUCGUCCAGCAGCCGAAAAGCAAAGAAGAACAAGGGUCAGAAGAACUUCAGCAACAUUUAUGAAGUGAUUUGUGAUGAAGACAUUGAGGCAGAGAAAAUCUCACCUGAUGAAGUUGCUGAAAAAACAGAUGACCACACUAAAACCCAGUCCUUGGAAGGCAUAGAUUCAAACCAUGAAGCCACAGCAUCUAAGCUUGGAGACAAAGCAAAGAAAAAGAGGAAGAAGAAAAAAAACAGAGCCACACCAGAAAAUGGACAGGAUGCAAUGCCAGAUGAAAACAUAGAUUUGAUAAUGGAAAAAUUGGAACAGUCUAAUAGUCAUAGUUUACAAAGCGCCAAUUGUGGAGGUCCAGACCGAAAAGCUGCCCUUCAUGUUGAACACCGGAAUCUCAACCCAGAGACUGAGUUGAAGAGAUAUUUUGGGGCAAGAGCAGUUCUUGGAGAACAAAGACCGCGGCAGAGAAACAGACACUUUCACAGGAGCACAUGGAUGACUAGCCCGAAAGACAGCUGGCCUCGCUUUAGUCGCCCAGGAAUUUCUAUGUCUUUGCUCCAGUCAAAAGAUGGCAUACACUAUUUCACUUUUGAACACAACCGUGAAUACCAACAAGUACAGUUCAAGUUCUUUGAUGCGGUCGAGUCUAUGGAUCCCAACAACAUUGUGGCUCUUCUUCAACUCAACCCGUACCACAUCGAUUCCUUAUUGCAGCUCUCAGAUGUUUGCCGCAUACAAGAGGACCAGGAGAUGGCCAGAGACCUUAUAGAAAGAGCAUUGUACAGCUUUGAAUGUGCUUUUCACCCUCUCUUCAAUUUGACCUCAGGAAUGAGUAGAUUGGAUUAUCUCAGACCAGAGAACAGGGCUUUUUAUUUGGCCCUAUACAAGCACAUGAUGUUUUUGGAGAAGAGAGGGUGCCCACGGACAGCAUUGGAAUAUUGCAAAUUAAUCCUAAGUUUGGAUCCAGACUCUGACCCCCUAUGCAUGCUGCUGCUCAUUGAUUUCCUGAUGCUCCGUUCAAGAGAAUACCAGUGUCUUAUCCAGUUGUAUCAAGAUUGGGAGGAACACCGGAAUCUCUCCCAGCUGCCAAAUUUUGCAUUUUCCAUUGCCCUUUGUCAUUUCCAUCUGAGCCAACAGGAAGAUAUGGACCCAGAGGAAAGUGACAAACUCAGACAUGAAGCAGAUCAGAUGCUGCAAGAUGCUCUCAUAAUGUUUCCUGGAGUCUUGAUGCCUUUACUGGACCUCUGUACAGUGCAACCGGACACCACAGUCACCUCACAUGCCUUCUUUGCCCCAAGAACUCACAUAGGGCAGCCUCAGGCUCUGGCUGAACUGACGGCACUAUUUGUCGGGCGAAGUUUCAGCCUAUGGAGAGAAGCCACAGUGAUGCAGUGGCUAGAAACAAAUGUACAAACUGUGCUUCAUCGAGUAGAUGUCAAAGAUCCUCUGAUAGAAGAUUACCAGAACAAGAGAAAGCAGAGAUACCAGAGUGCACCAAGGAACAUCCAUCGACAUGUCCUCCUGUCUGAAAUCAAAGGAGCCACUUCCAGUCUACCUCUUGAGGUGACAACGCAACCAGUGAUGGGCUUUGACCCUUUACCACCUUUAGACUCCAUCAUAACAUACACACGGCCAGAGAGACAGCAUGCCGGAACAUCGAAUGAGAGCACUUUGUCUCUCUUUUUCCGGUCUUUGUUGCCAAAUUUCAACCUUCAAGAUGGACAGAGACAAGGUGAUGAUCAGGAAGUCGCUCGGGCAGGACAAGAACUGAACCAGGAAGUGAAUCGACUGAUGGUAGCAAUGAGAGACAUGCUUGCUAACAUACGGUUUCAAGAGCCCCCAGGGGAAGACAACCCUUACAGAGAUGAAGAAGAGUGGGACUGAGACAGAGAGGUGGAUCACACAAUCAAGAUAAAUUAGCUUUUCUUAAUGAUGAUGCAGAAAAAUAAUGGACAGCAGAUUAUUGAAUAAUCUCAUAUGAGGAAUCCUGAGCUUUAUGUUUUGUUAUUAUUGUAAUUUUGAGCCUUGGUACAUGGAUUAAACAGAUAUUACCAAUGUUUAAA